GAGCGCGAGCAGAUCACAGGCAUUGAUUACUACUUCGCGCUGCAAGAACAACAAGAAUAAACAGCCUCAACCUCUUACAAAAAUUGACUCUGAACAGAUUACGACUAGUUUGACUCGUCAAAGCCGAGUAAACCUACGUCCUCCUAUUUCUCGGUCUAACUUUAUCGGCUAUAAAGCCUCUCUCGACACGGACACGGAUACAAACAUCAAGCAAGUGUGCGUAUCUACAUCAAAAUUUUGAAUCGAUUUGAAUUUUACAGCUACAUUCACAGUCGAUUUAGUUGACGUCAGUUUUUUCCAUGGAUACUCCAGAAAACAUGCCUUUUCGCAAAGGAGUCCUCCCGCAGGACCGGGCGCUGGCGAAAACAAGAGCCAAUUUCAUGCUGGUCCUGGGUCUGCUUGUGUGUAUGCUUCCGACGUCGCACGGUCUACUCGCGGCGCCAGGUCAACAUGGAGGUCGAGGACGUGCCUUAGCUUCAUUGUCCUCUGACGCAUCACACGAGGACCAUGCAGGACGAUCCCGCAGCCGCAGCCGCACGCCGCCACGUGGAUUGCGGCCGCAGGAAGACCACCCCGCAGCCGCACGACAGCAGGUGCAGGCUCUUGUGAUUGGUGAACACCACGAUAUGCCGCUCGCAGACCCUCUUCGUUGGAUGUUGCGAAAACUCGCGGAGGAAAAGCAAAUCGAGUUAUUCGAGGGAGGUACACUGGUGGCUGAGGAUGACCCGGACGGCGAAUUACAUUCGUUUCAGAUGGAAACCGCGUCGUUUUCUAUUGUAGCCCUUGGUGGGAGGCCCGACGGCCCUUGGGACCCAAAGAUACCUUCAGCGCUCGCAGAAGCUGCAAGAAGAAGCUCCGUGCUCGAAAGGUUCCUACAGGGCCUCCGAGAUGGCAAAACAAACGCGGAAAAAAAAGACCUCUUGCAACUUGCAAAUCAGGCGAUGUUGCGGAAAAUUAAAAAUCUCCCCGGGGGGAACGAUAACGAUAACGAAGGUGGGCAGCAGCACGGGGUCCUCAGCGGCGGUUCCGCUAGUAGCGGGGAAGACCCUUCUUCACGCUGGACAUUCGUCUCUGGCUCAGGCUUCACAAACAUGGACGAACCAGGCUCCGGCUUCACGGAGAAUGAUUAUCAUUUGGUAAGACGCCCCGACCCCAGAGUUGUAAUGCAAGUCUGCAUGCUGAGAAUGUUUCUCAUGCGAAGACCCAUGAGAAGCAGUUUCUAAUCGUGUUUUGGGAUUUGUGAUGCUAGAAUCAGCACGUUAUGCUAGAUCUGUGAUGCUGCUGAACAAGCUAAACCGGAUUACACUACGAUGCCAAACUUGUCAUGCGCAACAGCAAAAGCUGACAGAUCUGUCUAGCAGAUUUCGCAUCUCCACUCUGGUGUGGGGACGUUUUUACUCAGAAUAAUGAUGUGCAGUUGCUCAUGGAGGAGUUAAGGUUCAGCGUCGGUGUAGUACCAUCCGUGGUCCACCCCGGAGAAGAUGUUGCCGAUAGCGGACGACCCAAAUCGACGCAGCUAAAACCACGCAGUGACGCCGAUAUUUAUUUACUAUCGCAAGGGCGCCGGACCUUCAGGGAGCUGAUUGACGGGUUCAUCUCGGAGAUGAACCUCCACACGAGUAGAGCCUCACCGCUGAAUCGCGAGCAGCAUGGGCUUGAAGAUUUUGUCGGAAUAUUGAAUAGGUGCCUCGGACUCGAACAGCGCGGAUUGCUUGAAAGCGAUCCAGCAGAACGGGAACGGCAACUUGCCCAGCUCGUCUCGGAGAGACUUGCCGAGGGACCUGAUUUGAUGGAAUGUUUGUCCAAAGACCUCAAAGAAGUGCCCGGCCGCGUGGCGCUGCUGAUGGCGGGACUACAGGCUAUCCGGGAGAAAUAUGGCAUUGUUCUCAACUGUUACAUUCUCAACUGUAGUUACACGGAUUUGUCAUGCAAAAUUGCCAUCGCCCUCGACUUGAUCAAGGUGCUUAGCAUGACAAAAAAUUUUCGAAGGGCUAAGCAGCAUGAUAUUAAUCGGUGGAAAAUCUGUAAUGCGAGAGCUACGAAAAUCUUGCCACUUUCACUGUUGCUGUAGUUCCUGCAUAUACAAAAAUCCAUGUAAAAACCGUUGAGAGUGUAAAAACAUUUGAGAACGCCAUGAGAAGCUGGCAGAAGAGGUUUGCGAGAAAUAUUUUUCAGACCAGAAGACAGACGGCCGCGGGGGCUCUCGCUCUGCCUCAGCAUCCGCGGCCGGAACCUCGUCGCGUUAUAAUUCCUGGCCACAAAACUGGCCUGCGCAAGACCGGCUCUCCGAAGGGGAGCAGCUCCAGAUUCGGUUGCUGUGCAGAAAAGGCAUUUACAAAGAAGAGCUCACUCUUGGCAAAGACGAUAGCAACAGGGGUGGGAAAGGUCUUUUUACGAAGACGAGAAACCUCGUUUGGAUUCUGCGCGUGCUGGACAAGUGGGCCAAGCAGGGCGAGCUUCACCAAGUAGAACGUCGGGGUGCUUGGUAUCCUGAGUAAAAACGUACCCAUACCAGAGUUGUAAUGCAGAUUUGCAAAGACAGGAAGACUUGUAAUGCGCAUCCCCAUGAGAGCCAUUUCCAGUCGUGUUUUGGAAUUUGUGAUGCUGUGAACAGGGUGAGCAGAUGAAUCUGUGGCGCGGCUGCACUUGCUAACCUGCACUGCGCUGCAUAGUGCAACUUGUCACGCGUGACUCACCCUUGUCAUGCGUGACUAAUGUCCCGCCCGCAGGAGCGCAGUCUGUUUAUGUCAUGCGUGACUCACAAAACUCCUAGGUUUGUGCUGCAAAAUCCCCAUCCUGACUCUGGUGUGGGUACGCUUUUACUCAGGACACUUGGUCGCGGUUCCUUAGUACGGGUCGACGGUCGUCCCACGCGAAACUCGUCCUUCCGAAGGUCUUUGUCAUGGGCAAAACGCACGUAUCGCACUUCAAGCGCCGGCUACAGGAAGCGCGCCCCGACUUGCAAAUCCAGGUUGCGGAGCUGAGCAGCGAGCGUGUCUGUCUGUCGGACAUGUCGGACGUGUCGAACGAAUUCAUCAGAUCAAUUUACUUGACCUCGGGCCCUUUCUACAAACAGUGGUCCGAGCUUGGGCGCGAGCUUGAUUCAUCUCAAAAAGGCCUUGCAACAAUAUCAAAUGUAAAAAUGUCUGGGUCUGGAAGCAUGCAACUUGUGACGCUGCGUCUGGAUUCUACAAAAAUCUUUAUUGUAUGAAAAGCAAAAGAGGUUCAGUCUUUGCCACGCCGAGAGGGUAUUUCUCAUGCGCUAUAGGCAUCAGGAGGCCCUCACAAAAUCUGUGAUGCUAGGGCAUGCAUCAGCAUCACAAACAUCAGAACUCAUGCAAAAUGUGCACGACAAACCUUGCAUCCUUCCAGACCCAGACACUUCUGCAUUUGAUAAACAGAACUGUUGGACGAAAUCCGAGAGAAUAUCCGGACACAACAAGAAGAUGAAGAUGAAUCCGACGAUAAAUUCGAACAUGAAGAAUCCAGACAUGAAUCCGUUGUCGCUUCGAGUUUGAAAAGUAAAUUCUUGGAAUUUGUUCGCGAGACGAAAACAAGUGCUAGUGCAGAAGAUGAGCUAGAAGGUGUGCUGAACUGGAGCCGGUGGGAGUAUGUUAAGGACGGCAGGCUUGUGCACUGGUCAAACGCCGAGGGAUUGAUAGCGGUUCUCCGAUUCCUGGCGACUAACGUCAAGACAAAAAAUCCAGGCUGCAGCAACUGCGCCGUGAUGUGAGUUUUGACGAAUUUGAGUCGUGGAGGUCUACCUGGCGUGGCUGCGAAGAUUGAUGAUUAUUUGAAAGAAGUCCUUGUGAACUACGCGCCAUUGGCAAAGAACUCGAAUAAUAGGAGAAGUGGAGGUGGUGGAAGAGGCGGCGUGCGCAAUCGACGAAUGGAGAAGAUUUCAAAAGAAGAACUACGUGUACAAUAAUGUCAACCAGACGGAAAAACCGACGAAGAUUCUGUAAAAAAAUGAAUUUUGGAUUGCAAAAAAUAAAAUUUUGAAUUUUGAGCUCGAUGCACAAGCACAACUUUAUUUCAACCAAGCGCGAGCAGUUUCUAGCACGAGGAAAAUAGAUAUUGAUUUAUCGGACAAAACAAGGAGGGCGGACGAUGGGAUGAUGAGAAAUUAUGUGGAUGCAAAUGUAUUACUAUUAGCGCGAGCAGCAGUUAUCACGCAAAUAAAUAUUGGAUAAAAUAAGGAGGGUGGACGAUGGGAUGAUGAGAAAUGUGGAUGCAGAAUAAAAUUUGAUUGGGGAUGAAAUGGUGGUGAAGGUGAUGAUGUGGUGGAAGAAAGAGGAUUUGGCAUUCUAGGACUAGAGGCUGACAUCACUACACGCGCAUCAUGGUAGUUCUGUGUGCGACGAGAAAGUCAGUCGCAUGCUGCGGAGAUGUUUCCGUCUGUUUGUGCGUUUUGCAAAGAAGCUGGGUGCAGCUGCGGGUUGUCGAGGGCUAUUCGCUCCCAUUCGCAACCACGCUGACCCAGCUUGAGAUCUCACACAUCUCACACUGUGGUCCACCACAGCACUGUGGAAGUAGAUGAUGACGGCGAAAACUAGUCUUUAACCAGGGAUGAUGAAUGGGAACUAUUUCCAUUCGAUGUUGACUAGUGCUAGAAGAAUCUGUAUGAUUUGUAAGAUUAUUUUCGCGUUAUGUUUCGUUUCUGUUUCAUCUGAUUGCAGAAGAAGGUGGAUGUUUCUCUCCUUGAGGAGAAAGACGCCGGACUGGACAGGAAGACUAGAAUGCCAGGCCAUCUAUACGAAACUACACCUAAUAUUCUUGAAUAACAAGCACGAUUUUUGGUAUGACGAAAAAUUAUGGUUGAAUAGCUCAAGGCCAGACUCGUGACGUCCACAGACUAACAAGUUCUUUGCUGCGUUUGUUUACGCCGCGCUGCAGUGUUCGAGGCAAGAUGCAAUGGUUUCUUUGAACAAAAUGAAAACGUUGGUCGCCACUCACCCUCACGCUUUUCUCGUGGGUAGUUUGCGUAUAUGUUAUUGGAGGUGCAGCUCUGUCUUUGCCAGAGAUCUCAGUUACUAUUUUCAGGUCAACCACACUCUUCCAAAGGCAAAGCUCGAAGGUCAUAAAAA